CCUGGGUCGUCUGGCACCACCGGCCGGUCACACCUUCCAUGGAAACCGCCGGCUCCAAACAGCCAAGCCCUGAGACGCCGGGGUCCGAGCGACGCCUCCUGCCGGCCGCGCUCCGCGCAGCCACGACCUCCCGCCGCGCCCGUUCCACCCGGCUCUGCACUUGGCCGGGAGGGACCCGACCUCCCCGCCUCCCCGAAGCCACUCGCGGCGAGUUCACAAUGAAUCUUCCGCCCCCUCGGCCCUGCCUCCCUCCCGAGGACCGGCCGGCGAGUCCCGGAGCUGGCGGGGCCGAGCGGCAGCGGACACUCCGGACGGCGGGGAAGAGGAAGGGGGACCGGUGCGCACUCAAAGUUAACUCGAACACAGCCUGCAAACUUCUGGGCUGCAGCCCGGAACGCGCGCCGGCCGGAACUCUCCCGCAGCGUCGAGCCCUCCCGCAGGGGCUGCCCCGGGCUGCAACCCCCCGAGAGGAGCCGCCGGCGGCCCCGCAAGCCCCGCGGCGCCAGUCCAUCUAUCCACCUGCCCGGCUCCCGGCGCUGAACCCGAUCCCACCCCGCCCGCCACCGACGGACGCCAGCGCAUUCAGCUCUCCGGGGCAGUCUAUGGAUCCGCGGCUGUCCCGGCGGGGACUCGGGGCGGCGAGGCCGGCGCCCGCCAUCCCGCUGGGGUCCCUCCGCCGCUCGCUGCCCACCCCCCCAAGCCCCUUUUACCUCAGGCAAGCCGCCCUUCGAACGCAGCCCAGGCGCGGCGUGGAGGGCCGCCUCUGCGCCAGCGGUCCGAGCGGAGGGCGAGGGCGAGGGCCGGUGUCUAGGGGUCGUGGGCGGCCGACGCGGCGAGCGGCGCGCGGGCCAUUCCGCGGACCUGGGCGCAGAAAGCCGCAACUGCUCUCCGGGCUCCAGCUCGCUCGCCUGUCAGCUCCAGCUCUGCUUUAAGUGGCUUCCGGUCUCCUCCUCCGGGCCGACUCGUCUUCGGGGAGGGGCGGAGCUUCGGGGCCGAGAGGGGGGUGGGGUGGGGUGAGGGGGCCGGGCGUUCAGUCGGUGCCGGGAAGCGGGGCCCCGCCUCCCGUGCGCGUGCGCGUGCGCCUGGCGGAGGGGCGCGCGGCGGCUCGGCGCUCCCGGGAGGAGGAGGAGGAGGAGGAGAAGGAGGAGGAGGGAGGGGAGUGUCAGCUCGCGAGCGGCCGAGGGUCCCCGAGGGUCUGACGGUUCGCGAGGCCGCGGAGGGCCCCCGCCGUGCGCCUUAGGAGGAGAGGAGGCGCGCGCCGCGGGGGGCGGGCUCCACCUGCCUGCCGACCGAUGCAGGGUCACCGUGUUCCGCGGACACCCGGGCACGCGAUGUGAGACGGAGGCUGUGAGACGGAACGGCCGGUUUCGGUGCGGUUGCCUUUGUUUAUCUGCCUCCUUUCAAGACGCCUCCGGAUCCCGAGGGGGUGGGGGGGAAGCGAGUGGCCGCCUCCUCCGCUGCCUCCAGACGGGGUCGCCGGCCCCGCGCCGUACGGGCGGGAAGGCUGAGCCCGCCCCGCCGCCUGUUCCCGGACAGCCUCCGCUAGGGGAAGCCAGUGUUAGGGUUUUGACAAUAGAGAUGCCUAUGCGCGUGUUUUGCAGCCCACGGACCACGUAGUGACUAAUUCAUUUAACAACUCAGAGCACCUCUUCCGCGCCGAGCGGGUACUAGGUUUAGAACUACGACCUUCAUCACCCAGACCCCACGCCCUGCCCUCAUAGAGACUUAGGAAACCGAUAGUUAACCUCAAAAAUAUACAUGAAACUGGCAUCUGGAUUGUAACUUCAUGUAUUCAAUAGCUUUUUUUGUUUUUCAGUAGGAAAUAAACAUAUUAGUAUAAUCCGAAUUUAAGAAAAAUUAAAAGGUCGUACUUAUUCCAAA